AUGGCAGGUCCGGAACGAAAAAAAAUCACACCUGCCGACAGGCGCCAUUUUGAUUUUGUGCAAACUUUGCUCCGGAUUUCCAAAGAACUCACAGAAGAGGAAACGGCAACCAUGAAGUUGUUCUGCCUGCAUCUGCUCCCUAGAGAACAGAGGGCACAACUCAAGCGGAUGGUGGAUGUUUUCCACAAGCUGAUGGAACUUGACAAAAUCGACCAGGAAAACUUGGAAUUUAUUGAAGAGAUCUUGGAAAGAAUCGGACGGCAGGACCUGAUUCGGGACGUUCUGCGGCGGUUCCAGCCGCCUGACCGAGAGAUUCCGGAAAACCCCGAACUACAGCCGGAAACCCCCGAACUGCAGCCGGAAAUCCCCGGGCUCCAGCCGGGAACAACUCAGAAGUUGGCAGAUGCAGAAGGUGACGUGCAGAAACACUUUGACUAUGUCAUCGAAGAAAUCAGCCACAAGUGGGACGACAUGGCCCGGAAGCUGGGAUUUCAUGAUAACAAAAUCAAAGAAAUCCAAGACUCGGAGCGUGACCACAGCCAUAGGUGCAGGGAAAUACUGACAAGAUGGAGAAACAGGGAGGGACGUAAAGCUACUCUACAGGUGCUAAAGCAAGCCUUAAAGAAUAUUGGUGAAACUCGGACAGCAGAGAGCCUAGAAGGAAAUACAACCUCCAACACCUACGUGGUUGUGGACGGUACAGUGCGCAUGAUCCAAGAAACUCUAGAUCAUCUUAAAAACUGCCUGGCAACGUUAUGUGGCACCAGAAGGUCACAGGUCAAGUUCAGAGGUUACAAGAAGCACAAGAGCAUCCUGGUGCACUUCUCCAUCCCGCGGGAGAACACGGCGGUGCUGAGGCACAUGGCGGAUCACUCCGACCCGAGACUAGUCUACAUGGGCGUCAAGUCACUGCAGAUCGACGCUAAAGUUCCAAUCAAAGUCACACAGGGGGCGCCGCUGUACGGUGUCAAGAGACAACUGACGGUCGAUGACAUCGAAGUGGGAUGCAGUAACCGAACCAAACACCAGAGGGCGCCCCAGGGCUUGACCAGCCUGUCUGCCCUGAACCUGUUCUCGGACGCCCUGCCGCUCCAUCUGCAGGCAGCCGCGAGUCUAGAGUACCAGGGCUUCUCCUACAGCCUGGUCCGGGCUCUGGUGCAGAAGGACCGGCUCAGAGAACACCAGAUGAGGCAGGCCUUCCAGAACCUCAGGAACGCAGAGGUGGAUUCCGAGUACAGGGGAGAGAAGCCACCUGGAGGCUGGUCGGUACAGGCCGAGAAGGCAGAUUCAGCUACAGAGACACACCUAACGGAUCCUGUUGGUACUACAGGGAUACCUGGAGAUGUGGGCGGUGACGAGGUUGGAGCAGACCCGACUGUAAAGAAAGAAGACGGGAAAACUCCAAGACAAGACGCUGGCAGUGGGAGCGAUGGAAAAGAGGAUGUUCUCGGUACAGAGGCACCCAUGCAAGAGCAACACACAGCGGGGACAGAAGAAACGGCAUCUGGCUCUACUGGGGCCUGGGAACAGCCCGUGAUCACUUUUGGUGGGAAAGGAUCAGAACCUGGAAAGUUUGAUUACCCACGCGGGGUUGUGGUGUCGCCUGGCAACGAGAUAUUUGUGGCUGAUAAGAACAGGCGAGUCCAAGUCCACAGCACAGAGGGGGUUUACCUCCGCCACUUCCCAACAGUUGUACCGGGUACAGGGGAUAAGGACAUGAAGCCGCAUGAUGUUUGUAUGGACGGUAACGGCACGCUGUGGGUAGUGGGGCGGGGAGAGACAGCCCACCAUGUUGUACAGUACAGCACGGACGGGACCGCCAUGGCGGGGUUUGACUUGCAGAAGGGCUAUUAUGACCGGGGUAUUGCGGUGGACAUGCGCACUAACCACAUCCUGGUGACUGAUUGUGACCAAGGUACAGUUCAUGUGUUCCGUCCGGACGGCUCCCUGGUGCGGACAGUCCGGCAUCCACGGGGUGAGAUGAUACGCCCGGGGUACGUCACAGUGGAUGGGGAAGGGAACAUUCUUGUGUCGGACUGGAGAAGUUACUCUGUCUACGUGCAUGACGAGUCCGGGAAGUUCCUGUUCCAAAUGAUUACGAUAGAAUAA